AUGCUAAAGAACGUCACGCAAUUAACGUUGGACCGCCUGGCCAAGGAGCCGGCGGUUCUACAGCUGAAACUUGAAGAGCUCAGCCGAGCACUGGAGGAGGCGGUGGUCGACAACUGCAGUGUUCUGCUAUCCUCGUCGCGGUGCCUGACUUACGUGGAACGCGAUGUAGCGGAUGUGGCUAGCGGGCUUUCGGGCCUUCAAAGGUCGCUGCCUCAGUUAACAAGAAGACUUCAAGUUUUCAUGAACGCCAGCGGGCGAGCGUCCAGUAACCACGCUGCUCUUCACCUGCUAUGGGUCAUGCAAGAGAUUGUCACUGAGCUUGUGAAUUUGCCAACCAUGAUAAGAAAUUGCUGCAAAACGGGGCUGUACACUGAAGCUCUUGACCUAGCCGUGUUUGCGCGCGAGGUCGAGCAAGAACGAAUGGCCUGCCACACUGCUUUGCUCCAAGAACUGGGCACUGCUGACAACUUUGCUCGGAUAGUCAAACUAUUAGGGCACCUGCGGCGAGUAGGCCUUUUUUCCGAAGCGCAUUUGCGGCUCCAGUUUAUCGAUCGUCGAGGAGCGUCUGUUUCCUCUCUAAAAGGCGCUAUCGAGACACAGUGCGCAAACGAUUGUGUCAGGGGACUGUGCUCUGCCGCAAGCUUAUUGAGUGGCGCCAUCUCGGAGGUUGCUACACAAUAUAGGCAAGUGACGACACUGGCAAUUUUUGGCGACCUCGACGCGUCAAUUGCCUUCUGGCUGCGUAUGCAAGUGGCUUGGUUUCUUCUGCUGGUGCACAACAAUCUCGCCUUGAGCCCCAGUGAACACAGAAACGAGUCAUCCGGCGGUUGCCGCCGAGAGUUGCAAGGCGUGCCUACGCAAAUGCCCAGCUUAAGGAGCAGGACGUGGUUAAAAGCCGGCACAGAGCAACGUGAUGGGCGGGUUGGACAAGAACUGCCUUUUCUUGAUGCUGCUAGCAUCUCCCUGUUGUAUCGGCAUACGCAACAUGCGUCGUGCUGUCUCCGCCGCGUGGGUGCAUAUUUCUUUCCGGCUGCGGUACCGGUCUUCGAGCAGUACUUGCAUUCUCUUCUGAAGCACAAGGGCAACGUCGCCUUAAUCCGUUUAUACCAGGUAAUCCUGUUUCAACACCUCUUUUUUCAGGACCUCAGGUGCUACAGCUGGGAUUCAUCAGCCCUGUUCCGCACUCUUCGUGAAAAUUGCGAAGAGAGGCCAGAUACGGCGGGACACCUAGUAAAAUUAUCAUCCACUUCCAACGACGAUAGUGGUACCCGCGAGCCCUUCGCGUUGCUUCGACAUCCUCCUCUAUGCACAUUCACGAAUGAGCUACUGAAAGUUCUCAACGCUGCACUAGACUUUCCUCUGUUCACUGUCGUUGCCACCUUGCCGACAAUGUUCAAACGAAUACUGUUACGAGGAGCGUACAUUCUCGAGAGUAUUCGGCGAGAUAUGAUAGGCCAGACUGCCGAUAGGCAGACAAAGGAUGAGUUUGCAUCUCUAUGCCAAACGUACGCGAACGUUCUUCUGCCGUUGCUGGCCGCGGACCUGAAAAGUAUGCUAGGCUUUGAAUUGGCUCCUGAGGUAAGCUGCUGA